CUUUACAACGCGAGCCUGAGCGUGGCAGGCACUAAGUCUCGUCUCGACCAGGAGUUGAAACUCAUUGGCGAGUAUGGGCUGAGGAACAAGCGUGAGGUGUGGAGGGUCAAGUUUACUCUGGCUAAGAUCCGUAAAGCAGCCAGAGAGCUGCUCACUCUGGAUGAGAAGGACCCCAGGCGUCUGUUUGAAGGUAAUGCUUUGCUCAGGCGUCUGGUGAGGAUCGGGGUGCUGGAUGAGGGUAAGAUGAAGCUCGAUUACAUCCUGGGCCUGAAGGUUGAAGAUUUCUUGGAGAGGAGGCUACAGACACAGGUCUUCAAGCUCGGACUUGCCAAGAGCAUCCACCAUGCCCGUGUCCUUAUCCGCCAGAGGCACAUCCGUGUGCGGAAGCAGGUGGUGAACAUUCCCUCCUUUGUGGUCCGCCUGGACAGCCAGAAGCACAUUGACUUCUCCCUGAGGUCACCGUAUGGUGGUGGACGCCCAGGUCGUGUCAAGAGAAAGAACGCCAAGAAGGGCCAGGGUGGCGCUGGAGGAGCUGACGAUGAGGAGGAGGAUUAAGAAGGAUGUCAUGCCAGGGAAUGUCUUCAAACUUCCUGUUCUGUCUAAAUUCUUAAUAAAAAAGUUUGGUCUUACCAAAGACGUGAGCU